GCUGAAGACGGGGCGUGCAUUUCCAUGGAUGUGGGAAAUACUGUGAUUGAUUUGUCUGCCAAAGGAAAAGCAUCAAGUCUUCUUAGGGCAGGUGUUUAUGAAAGUGUUUGGGGGCACGAAGUAGGCGGGCAAUCGCUGAAAUGAUGGGGAGAGUCGGUGCAUUUGCUGAGAAAAAGACCCCAGGAGGGGCAGCUGGAGGAAGAAAGGGGUGCGUUCAACUUGAGCCACGUCUGCUGUACAGAGACAGGUGGCAGGCUGGCUGGGGAGCCCGUCUGAGCCAGAGGAACCAGUGGGGAGGCGCCGGCAGCACAGUGGGGAGGAAAGCUGCAGAAAGGGGCCUCUGACCUCUCUUCAGUCUCGUCCCUGCUCUCCCCGCUGCCCCCCAUCUCCUGGUAACGGUCCCGGAGUGUCAGCCCAACAGGCGUCCAGCAGAGGCGGUCUCUCCUCACAGCUUCCCCUCAGCAUUUGCGGACAGGUGCCGGCACCGUGAGGGCCAAAGCCGUUACCAGCGGCCCAGCCCGAAGCAUGAGGCCGAGCUUCCGCAGCGGAGGGGCCGGGCCAGGGCUGGAACCCCUGCCCGCGGGGACGGGGCGGGUUGGCCCGGGCGCGGCGGGCGCCGCUCCGCCGGGAAGCCGCUGCGGCCAUCUUGGUUGAGGGCCGGCGGCUAAGCCCCCUCCCCGCCUCCGAGACCCCGGCGAGGCGUCCUCUGGGCCAAACCACGUCGGAGCCAAGUUCCCGAGGCCGCGGGGCCGCCAUUGCUUAGGAAGCCGCCUGUUCUCCGCACCUUCCCCGCCGCGGGGCCCGCAGGCCGCCGGGGCGGCGGCGGGGAGCGGGCCGCGGACGGAGCGGGGGCCCGGGGCCCGGCCUCCCCAUGGCGCCGCCUCCGGCCUCGCUCCCCGCGCGGGACCCCGGGGCGGCGGCGCGCGCGGGGGGAAGCCCGCAGCCCGUGAGCUUCGCGGACGUGGCCGUGUACUUCUCCCCGGAGGAGUGGCGGAGCCUGCGGCCCGCGCAGAGGGCCCUGUACCGGGACGUGAUGCGGGAGACCUACGGCCACCUGGGCGCGCUGGGGUUCCGCGGCACCAAGCCGGCGCUCAUGGCCUGGGUGGAGGCGGAGGCUGAGCUGUGGGGGCCGGAGGCCCGAGAUCCGGAGCUGGGAGCGGGUCUGACCGAGGGGGACGCGGCAGAUUCCAGAAACAAGGAAGAGAAAGGACUACCGGAAGGCACCGGGGCCCUGGAGAAGAUCCUUCCUGUGGAUGCUCAGUCUCUCGGGCUGAAGGCUCUCCAACCCCCUCCUGCGGGUCUCCCUUACAGUUUGGAGCAGCUCUCCAAGGUGCCUCAGCGGGGUCGCCCCCCACUCUUUGCCCACCCCCCUGUCCCACGGGCAGACCAUCGUCACGGUUGCUACCUCUGUGGGAAGAGCUUUGCCUGGCACUCCACUCUGGUGGAGCACCUGUACACCCACACGGGCGAGAAGCCCUUCUCUUGCCCUGACUGUGGCAAAAGCUUUGGCCAGUCCUCCUCCCUGAGAAAGCACCUCGCCAUCCACCGCGGGGAGCGGCCUCACCGCUGCCCGGACUGUGGCCGGGCCUUCACCCAGCGCUCUGCCCUCACCACCCACCUACGGGUGCACACGGGCGAGAAGCCCUAUCGCUGUGCCGACUGCGGCCACUGCUUCAGCCAGAGCUCUGCCCUCUACCAGCACCAGCGGAUCCACAGUGGCGAGACCCCCUUCCCUUGCCCGGACUGUGGCCGUGCUUUUGCCCACGCCUCAGACCUUCGGCGCCACAUGCGCACCCACACGGGCGAGAAGCCCUACCCAUGCCCGGACUGUGGGCGCUGCUUCAGGCAGAGCUCGGAAAUGGCAGCCCACCGGCGAACCCACAGCGGGGAGCGCCCCUACCCCUGUCCUCAGUGCGGCAGGUGCUUUGGCCAGAAGUCGGCCAUGGCCAAGCACCAGUGGGUCCAUAGGCCUGGUGCCAGGAGACACAAGGGCCAGGGUGCUGGUGGGUUGCCUGUGCCCCCGGCCCCUGGCCCCGGGGACCUAGACCCACCUGUGAGCUUCCAGCACUACCCAGAGAUAUUCCAGGAGUGUGGGUGAUGGCCUCAAAAGUGAGAAGACAAAGGGGGAAGAUCUAAACAUUUCCUGAGGCCCAAGCUGGAAUGGGUACUGAACCUCUGGGGCUCCAGGAAGGUCAUAGAAUGCCUUGUAAGAGCUGGACCUGGAGAACAAGGGCCAUCCAUCAUAUUAGACCCUCUCCAGCUUGACAGGGGGCCACCUCAGUCUCUGCUGGCCUGGACUCUAGAAGCCCCUUUGCUGAGUUCGGACUGAGGUAAGACCCUCCCCACCCCACCGACCUAGACUGUGGGAAGAAAAGGCCGUUUCUCAGAUGUGUUAAAAGGAUGAGAUGGAAGAGAACAUUGUUUUACCUGUUUGCCUUUUUACUGCAUCAUGGUGGUAGGCACAUCCACCCUAGACCCAACCAAGAGGUCUCAUUCACUGCACUGAAUCUGGCCUGCAACUCUUAUUUUUUGGCCUAGUCAGAAUUUUAUUUUUUUAUCUUUAUUUUUUUAAUAGCCAGUUUUUAUUUUUUUUAAUUUAAUAAAUAUUUAUUGUUC